GCUCGCCCGAGCCUCCACGUUUUCGGAUCUUCUUUAGCGGCGCAAAUCGCGUGUGCGGCUCCUGUGUGCUUUUUCUUUCCUUUUCUCUCUCUCUCUCUCUACCUCCCUCUUCCUCUCUCUCUCUCUCCCUCUCCCUCUGUUCCUCCGCGAGCUUUCCAAACUUGGGCUGCUUGCAGCGGGAGAGAGGAGAGGAGACCGGAGCAGCAGAGCAGCAGAGCGGCGGCGGCGAUGGUGGACGCGCUGCUGCUGCUGCUGCUGCUGAAGAAGGAGAAGAAGGUGAUGAAGAUGAUGAUGAAGAAGAAGAUGAUGAUGAUGAUGAUUAACUGUGAAACCCCGCUCAUCUGACUGCGCUUUUCUCCACUCGGGCUCGCGUUGCUCCGCUUUUUCACCAUGAUGUAUUCUCCUCUGUGUCUGACUCAGGAUGAGUUCCAUCCGUUCAUCGAGGCGCUGCUGCCGCACGUCCGCGCCUUCGCCUACACCUGGUUCAACCUCCAGGCGCGCAAACGCAAGUACUUCAAAAAGCACGAGAAGCGCAUGACCAAAGACGAGGAGCGCGCCGUCAAGGACGAGCUGCUGGGCGAGAAGCCCGAGGUCAAGCAGAAAUGGGCGUCGCGUCUGCUCGCCAAGCUGCGCAAGGACAUCCGGCCCGAAUGCCGCGAGGACUUUGUGCUGUCCAUCACAGGCAAGAAAGCGCCAUGCUGUGUGCUCUCCAACCCCGACCAGAAGGGUAAGAUGAGAAGGAUCGACUGCCUGAGACAGGCUGACAAGGUGUGGAGACUCGACUUGGUCAUGGUGAUCCUGUUCAAAGGGAUUCCUCUGGAAAGCACGGACGGGGAGCGCCUGGUGAAGGGGGCGCAGUGCUCCAACCACGUUCUGUGCGUCCAGCCGCACCACAUCAGCGUCUCCGUCAAGGAGCUGGAUCUCUACCUGGCCUACUUCGUGCAGGAGAGAGAGGCGGCGGAGCAGGGCAGUAGUCCUCGCACAGGUAUCGGCUCAGACCAAGAAGACAGUCGAGCCGCCACAAUGGAUGGGCCUGAGUUUCAGGAGAGCUUCGUCACAUCGGGAGUGUUCAACGUCACCGAACUAGUCCAAGUGUCCAGAACGCCGGUGGUGACAGGAACAGGGCCAAACUUCUCUCUCGGAGAGCUACAGGGACACCUGGCUUACGAUCUGAACCCUGCAGGCGUGACCAUGAGGAGAACCCUUCCCAGCACCUCCUCUAGUGGGAGUAAGAGGCAGAAAUCCAGCUCUGUCGAGGGUGACAUCGACACCAGCCCCGGCGGCGAAUACUACACCUCACCCAACUCUCCCGCGAGCAGCUCCCGAAACUGGCAGGACGAGAUCGAAGGAGGUAUCUCCCCGGUGAAGAAGACUGAGAUGGACAGUCCGUCUCCUCAGGAGAGUUCUCCACGCCUUGGCAGCUUCACACAACACCACAGACCUGUCAUCGCAGUGCACAGCGGUUUGUGUUUUCCUGCAGGUAUCUCUCGGAGUCCGCACCCAUCAUCAUCGCUGCAUUUUUCGACGGCCCCCAUCCUGCCCCAGCCCACCUCCACCUACUUCCCACACACGGCGAUCCGUUACCCACCCCACCUCACCUCACAAGACCCGCUCAAGGACCUGGUCACAAUGGCCUGCGACCCGUCCAAUCAACAACCCAGCCCGCUGAAUGGCAGUGGUCAGGUGAAGGUCCCCCCCCACUACAUCUCCUCUCAGAUGCUGGCCCCCCCGCCUCCCCCGGCCCUGCCUCGCCUCACGCUGCCCCCUGACUCCAAACCCAGCAGCACCUCGCCAGACGCAGGCGCCACCUCGCCCACCUCCCCCACAUACUCUGCUCCCGGGACACCACCUGCCAACCGCUCCUUCGUAGGAAUUGGCCCUCGAGACCCUGCGAGUCUGUAUCAGGCUCAGUCCUGGUAUCUGGGGAACUGAUCCGGACUCGGCAGCUACACCAAAGCGGGCGUGGACACGGAUUUGCGAUUCAAAAAAACAAAAAUUUUUUUGUGUGUGUGGAAUUACGACAAACAAGAACAAGAUGCAAGAGGGAAAAAUUUGAUGAUAUAUGCAGUAUUUGUAUAUAUACAGCAUAUGUGUGUACGUCUCGACACAUAUGUGCACACAUAUACAUGCGUAAAGCUAUAUCAAACGCUUCAGUAAACUUUUUUUCAAGAGACAAUGAAGAAUCGAAUGUCUGAGGAGCUCGAGUAGACUGUGGAUGCAUGAAAAGAGAAGAGAGAGGAUGCUGUUUGGAGGAGCGGCCCACGCUGAACUGCAGGCCAGAGACUGAAGCACUGAAGCGUGCAGGAAAAAUAUCGGAAAAACAAAAACAAACCCCGCCCACUUUGCUUCCCCCUGGCUCUUGGAAACGAACGGCCCUCCUCCCCUUCCUCCCGCUCCUCCCCUUCCCUCUGCUACAGGUGCUGCUUCCUCAUAUAUGCAAAAUACGUAUGUUUUCUUUCCAGGGAAAGGACGCCCUGAUGACGGACGGGGUUUUUUUUUUUUUUUAGCGCUUUAGGACUUUCCCGCGCGCUCCGAGCUGAUCGUGUCCUUCUUAUUUUAACUUUUUUUUUUUCAUUUUAAACAUAUUUGAAUGUGGGCAGAGGUUUCGGGGCGAUAUGAAGGGCCGAUGAGUUCCCCUUAAUCUCCCUUCAUUUAACGUUCGGUCUAGAACGGCCGCUUUUCAUUCAGUUUUAUUAUUGACAAUCAUGUUUAUGAUUUUUUUUUUGAAUGCAUCACAUCUGACAUUUGUAUUGGAGAUCCACUUUUUGGUGGGUGCCUGAUUUUUUUUUUUUUUUCAAAUUUUGAUGACAUGUGGUACGUCUGUGGCAUUAUAUGUCACAGUCAGCGUGUGUAAGAGGUCACAUUGCGCUCACACACACACAAAUAUGCACACACACACACACACACACACACACAUUGAUAUUGACACGCCCUUAUAAACAGUCUUCUGAAAUGGCAUGUACUGUUAUUACACUAAGCGUAGGGCAAUUCGAGUGACGGAGCACCUUUUUGUCUUUUCUGUGUCACACUGAAAAUCGUUUUGUGUGUGUGUGUGAGUGUGUGGUCAUGGAUGUAUGUUGCGUUCAUGCAUUUUUGUUGUUUCAAAAUGAAAACGGGAAAACAGCAAAACAAAAAAAAACAAUUUUUUUUUAUUCUCUUUUCUUGGCGCGCGCACACUAAAAUAGGAAAUUCUUUUUUUUUUACGUAAAAUUCUUUCGAAAAAUUAGAUUUUUUUUUUUAAACUUAUCGACCUCUAAGUACCUUCUUCCGUUUUCAGAAACGAUCUGACAAAAAUAGGAUCAACGUAUGCGGAAAUAAAUGAUGGAAAUAUUCAUGAUAUUCCGAAUCGUUUCAGCCGCCAAAGCACAUCGUGAUCCAUCUUAGCGGCGUAUUAGCAGCGCGUCGGGCUCUAGCGGCGAUAUUGAAUCGCUAAUCGAUCCUUGUAUUCAUGAUACACAUCUGGAUCGUUUGUUAAUAAACGCAAAGAAGAAACAAAAGGAUUUCUCAUUCGGGUGUGUCCAGUAUUUAUUCUGUUCACGUUCGCUGGAUAUGAGCGAUCGAUCGAGCGCUCUGAUUGGCUACUGUACUACUAGGAUAUCGGCUCAUAUACCGCGGGUAGAGAAAAACAAAAUGGCGGAAUGUUUUGCUGAACCGACCGAGGAUGAAAUAAAAACUCGACUGGAAAACAAAACCCCAAAAAGCAACAAAAUAUGGAAUGAAAGUAUUUGAUGGGGAAGUAAGAACGUAUUUUUUAAUUAUUAUUUUUCAAGAAUUAUUAUUAUUAUUAUUAGAGCAUUUUUCACAAAUUGCGACUGUUAUUUCGCCGGUUUGUUUACGUUCUAAGCAAAAAUUAUUUUUUCAGCGUUUUGGGUAAAGUUUUUAUCGAUCUAAUUUGCGAAAAAUUUAAAUAAAAACGCUCCGUUUGUCAAAAUCCAGUGAAUGUGGACAGAAUAAAACAGUUAUUCCACUCAAUCUCGUCGUACGUGCUACGCGCCUCGUCGGCUAUAAGCCAUGUACGACGAGAUUGAGUGGAAUUACUGUUUUAUUCUGUCUAUACAACUUCAGAACGAAAAAUGAAUGAACGCAGCAUACACGGAGUGUGUUUGUAUCGGUGUAGAUGACAUUCGUGCGCGUCUGAAGCCCCACCCAGUAGUGAACAACUUCCACAGGAUGAUCACGAAUCACGUAGAUAAAAGUAGAAAAGUGGAGUUCGCCUACACAGUGACAAAGGGAGUAGGGACUCGAGUUCUGUCACUAAUACGACAGCAUUGGGUUUAGAAUCGACUCUUUGUUUUCUUUUUUGUGUAAACUGUAUUGGAAAUUACAGGCAUUGCACUACUACUUUUAUUAUUUUUCUUCUCCUUCUUUUAUUUCUUUGCAUCUUUCCGAUACCUUUCUCUUCGUAUGAAUGCUGCAGGUUUGACUUAAUGUUUUAGAAAUGUACCGUUGUGUUCUCUUCGGGUGCACGAAUAUCCGCUUCGGACACGCCAAGCGUCCAUCCGACUGCGUAUCGUGUAUCCUGACUUUGAGAAUGCCGCCGCCACCAUGCUUCAAGGAAUUUUUUUUUUUAAUCCCCACGCUUUUAUGGAUCCCUGUUGAUUUUAUUUUCACAUGCUUUAUUUUCAAAUACAAUACACAUACACACACACACACACACCAUGAACGCUGAUUGUAUUUAAGCCAAAUUGCUGACGUUUUAGCCAUGCGGCUCUGUGCUUCCCAGAAUUCUUUGCACAGGGACAGCGAGCGUGGAUAUUUCCUAUCUGGAUUUCUUCAGAGCAGGCUCGUGUGCUGAGUUAAAAGUAUUAACGGACGAACAUCAGGGCUUGAAUCUGCUACCAAACCCAAAAUAAUCCCAGAACCAUGAAAAGUGCCUACAACAUUGCAACAGUUUCAGUUGAUUUGGGUUUUUAAAGCAUCAUUAUUAUUUUUAUUAUUAUUAUUUUUAUUAUUAUUAUUAUUAUUAUUAUUUUUUUUUUUUUAUUAGGGAUGCAUCGAUAGCAUUUUUUGUUGCUGUUCUUGUUCUCGUCAACGCCAAUACCGAUACUGAUCCCAAUACCGAUUUGACUAACCUACUUGCUAUUAAUCAAUCAGGGACAUCACGGAACAUUUUAUUUCUCUCCAUUUAUGUUUACGUUUUUUUUUUCAAUAACUCUCAUAAAACUCACACGUAUUCGAUGCGGCUCGUCCUUUAUAAUGUUAGUUGAAUAAGUUGAUUUGGAAUGACGUGAAUUAGCUAGCUAUAUUAGCUAGCUAGCUAGCUAGGUGAGAAAACGGUCACGGAACGAUACGAAACAUACUUUACCAUCCAAACUAGCUA